CACUGAAAUAAAUAGUGUUCGCAAAUAUUUUCCAGCUAAAUCACCUUAUCUAUUCUAUGACACAGCGACACAAAUAUUUUUCCCCUCGUGAAAUACCGCCAAUAAUUAUAUUCCCAGCGACAGUAACUAACCUGUGCAAUCAACAACAAUGAAAUUCAACCGACUUGUAUCUUCCUCGCGCCGAAAAAAUCGAAAGAGACAUUUCACGGCGCCUUCCCAUAUUCGUAGAAGACUCAUGUCGGCUCCUCUUUCCAAAGAACUUCGGCAAAAAUAUAACGUCCGUUCGAUGCCAAUUCGAAAAGAUGAUGAAGUUCAGGUUGUCCGUGGGCAUUACAAGGGUCAACAAGUUGGCAAAGUUGCUCAAGUGUACAGGAAAAAAUUUGUAAUAUACAUAGAAAGAAUUCAACGUGAAAAGGCUAACAGUGCUAACGUGUAUGUCGGUAUUGACCCAUCCAAGACAGUUAUUGUUAAGUUAAAGAUGGACAAGGAUCGCAAGAAAAUUAUUGACAGGAGAAGUAAAGGUAGGCAAGCAGCAUUGGGCAAAGAUAAAGGAAAAUAUACGGAAGAUUCAACUGCAGCCAUGGAAACUUCAUAAAUUUAAGCCUUAAUUCAUUUAUGCGAUUCAAUAAAAAUAUCAACUGUGAAAUC